GUCCUUUAUCAACCCCCAAAACGGAAAGAUGUUCAAACUGUUUGGGAUCCGGAAAGGUUAUGUGCCCUACGUGUCUUUGCACCGGAAUGGCAAUGGCAAGCGAACACGACCCACGAAUUGAUCCAUUUGAUUAGAGUCCAAACAGAAUGUCUGGAGACAAAAAUCCGAGUUCGUUUACUAUUGGAAACACAGCACAAGAGAAGGGUUUGGAUUAUGUUCCGGAAUGUUACGUCGUUUCGCCUUCGAAAUCUUCAAGUUCGGGCACUGAGAAAGCUCGAAUUCCGACCAUCGAUAUGUCUCGGUUAAGAAUGAAUGGCAAUAAACGCUCAAUCGCCAUUGAAGAACUUGGUGAAGCUUGUCGCCAUAGGGGCUUCUUUCAAGUUGUGAACCAUGGGAUUAGCCAAUCUAUUCUCGAUGAAGCACUCGCAAUGGCGCUCGGUUUCUUCGAUCUGCCAAGUGAAGAGAAGCUUAAAUUCAAGUCAAAUGACGUUUACAACCCGGUACGGUACGGCACAAGCUUGAAAGACGGUGCUGACAAGGUCCAAUUUUGGAGAGUUUUCCUCAAGCAUUAUGCACAUCCCUUGGAUGCCUGGAUUGAUUCAUGGCCCCAUAACCCUCCUCAAUACAGGGAGAAAAUGGGUAAAUAUUGUGCACAAGUUCGAAACCUCGCCCUCGAACUAAUGGGAAUGAUCAUUGAAAGUCUCAGGAUAUCCCCGAAUCGACUAACCCCGAAAAUGGACCGUGGCAUGCAAAUCAUGGCAGUAAACUGUUACCCGCCAUGUCCUAAACCAGAAAUGGCAUUAGGGUUACCACCACAUUCAGACUACACUUGUUUAACCAUUAUCUUACAAAGCUCAACAGGUCUUGAAAUAUUGGACACUGAUGAUGGAAAUUGGAAAAUGGUCCCUGAACUUCAUGGUGCAUUACAAGUUCAUAUAGGUGACCAUUUUGAAGUGAUGAGCAAUGGGGUAUACAAAAGUGUGGUUCAUAGGGCUACAUUGAACAGUGAAAAAACUAGGAUUUCCAUUGCAAGUUUACAUAGUUUGGGGAUGGAUGAUAAAAUGGAAACCGCUAAUGAACUUAUCGAUGAACAAAAUCCAAAGAGGUAUAAAGAAAGUAGUUUUAGGGAUUUCUUGGAUUUUCUUGCAAAUAAUGAUAUUGCUGAUGGGAAACACUUCAUUGAUACACUUAAAAUUUAAAAAUAUAAAAAAUAGGUUUUUUUUUUUUUGGUAUUGGGAAAAAUGGGUUUACUGUUUAGUUUCUGGGUUUUUAUGAUAUUAAGAGGUCUGUUUGUUUCGUGGGAAAAGUUGUAGUUUUUUUGGGGAACUUUUAUUUUCACUCUGUUCUUUUUGGGGAUCCCCUGUUUCUCUGUAAUUUGAUA